GUCAAGUCGAGACCUGCCAUGGGAGGCAAUCGAGCCAUUCUCCUCGUGCCCCUGCCGGCGUGGGUGGCAUGGUGGUUCAUGGUGGCAGUCGUAUUGGUGUCUAUUGAUUGCACUUAUGUGCUGGGUAUGAAGUAUGACGUCGUCCAGUAUGUUCCUUCCCUCAUCACGGACCUGUGGACCAGGUACGGCGAAAGCGACGCCCAGUACUCUGGCGACGGCGUAGGGAUGGAAGCCAGCAAUGGAUGGAUCAUCACGCAAAGCCUUUUCAACGUCGCGGAGGUGUUUUUGAUGGUCGUGUACCUUAUUCGCCUUCAACAACGCACCAUCACCGCGGCAUUGACCGCCCUGACUGUGUCCGUGGCGACAUUUUGGAAAACCUGCCUAUACAUGCCCAUCAUUUUGCACUCCGAAGACCCUGUAAGCAUGGUUCCUUUGCUUCGCUGCACGGGAAUGUCUCCGCUUGCGAAAAACGCAGCUCACGUGCAGGCCAUGCUGGCGAAGGAAGGAUGCGGCAUGCAGUUCUUCAAGUUUCAAUUCAACUUUUGGUGGAUUGUCAUGCCGUUCGCAGUCGCCGCCGCCGCGUGGUCCGCGAUUUCGCAUGCGGUGACAAAAAACGCCAAGACAGCGUGAAGUAGCGUGUAGUGCGUAUAUUGGUGCCCAUCGACCCUACCUGGUGACGAUCCGUCGACGAAACACGAACAUUCUUUCGAAACCUUUCGUACCAAAGGGUUCCAAAGCCAAGGUGGAUUCAAGCUCCCAGGAAGAACUCUCGAGGAGGUCGAAGAAGCGGCUGUCGGCGUUGGCCCCACCACGUCCUUCACCCACGUACACCAGAGCGUCGUUGGAUGGGCUGCUCUGCAUGUAGUUCGUCAAAGUCUUGAAUGCCAUGGGGCCAGGGUCGGGAUAAACCAGCAACAGCACUCGACCGCGCAGGUGGCGAUGGGUCACGAGGACGGAUUCGUCCCCAUCGACGACUCCAGAGGCGAUGGGGCGACUACUAAGCGGGAGGGCCGUCAUGUUAUCGUACGCCAGGAUGUCCACUUGGUAAGAACGCCGGAGGUGAGCAGCCCACUGACCAUGCCCCGCGCCCACUUCGACAACUCCGCGACUUCGUGAGGUGUUCGUGAUGAGUUGCAUGGCUUCACGGGUGUACUUGACACAUCCAAACUCCUCGACAUGCUUAUUGCGCAUCUCUGGCGUAAUGCCAGGACCAUACGCGGCUUCCGCGAAGCGCUGUGGCAUGGUGGCCAAAGUGACCGUGUCGUUGGACGCGACGGCGGCGCGAGCGGUAGCUGUAAGUGCCACGAACGCUACUUCGUCCUUCGCACGAGUCUCAAGCCCUUUGACGAGGCUGGGCCAAGACAUGAGCCCUGUUGUGUUGGUUUUGGACGCGAAUGCUGCAAAAUGCUUGUCGUCGGCGCUUUUGCCACCAGAUUGCAAGGCCCAAUCCCUCAACGAGUAUAGUGGUUGCAGGACGUUCCAUGAUGGCGAUGGAGCCGCUUGCGGUGCACGCGAGUCGCUUGAACUUGAUGGUGCG